AUGGCUCGAACCAAUUUGUCCGUUUUACCUGACGUCAGUCUAUGUCUUCGGGAUGCAAUGGAUCUUAUAUUUAAUAAUGAUAAUCAUAAUAGACUAAAAUCAAAUGAUCACAUAGUUAUAACACCUGAAGACAACGAUGUAAUUGUUGAUAUAAUUAAUGAUGACGAUGAUAAAAUACCGAUAGAUGCUUCACAACCAUCGAUUAAUAAACGAAAAUUAGUAAACACUGCUAGUUUAAAUCAUGAACAACAAAAUGAAGGUGCAAAACGUUUAUGUACACCAAAUGGUCAUCAAUAG